CUCACUCUCGGAGCACGAAGCAGCCGAGUGAGUGAGCAGAUUUGGUUUUUCUAAGCACUCUAGCAAAGGGCAAAGCAAAACCAAAUCUCCAGAGAAUGCCGAUUUCGAGGAUCGCCGUCGGGUCUGCGGCCGAGGUCGGCCAGGUCGAUGCUCUCAAAGCGGCUCUAGCUGAGUUCAUAUCGGUGCUCAUUUUCGUCUUCGCCGGGGAAGGCUCGGGCAUGGCCUUCAAUAAGCUUACCGACGAUGGGUCGACGACCCCUGCGGGCCUUGUGCAAGCCUCCCUAGCCCACGGCUUUGCACUGUUCGUGGCCGUUUCAGUGGGCGCGAAUAUCUCCGGCGGCCAUGUGAACCCCGCCGUCACCUUUGGCGCCUUCGUGGGCGGUCACAUAACCUUGGCCAGGAGUGUGUUGUAUUGGAUAGCCCAGUGUGCUGGAUCGGUGGUCGCUUGCUUGCUCCUCAAGUUCGCCACGGGCGGACUGGAAACCUCCGCAUUCUCUCUAUCAUCCGACGUGACCGUGUGGAACGCGCUGGUGUUCGAAAUAGUCAUGACCUUCGGCCUGGUCUACACCGUCUAUGCGACCGCCCUCGACCCGAAGAAAGGCAACAUCGGAAUCAUCGCGCCCCUCGCGAUCGGCUUCAUAGUCGGUGCCAACAUCCUAGCCGGAGGGGCCUUCGACGGCGCAUCCAUGAACCCAGCCGUCUCCUUCGGCCCCGCCGUCGUGAGCUGGUCGUGGAGCGACCACUGGGUGUACUGGCUCGGCCCGUUCCUCGGCGCGGGCAUCGCCGGCCUCGUCUACGAGCUGUUCUUCAUCAACCAGACCCACGAGCAACUCCCCACCACCGAAUUCUAGGUCCACGAGCCGUUGAUGUGGAAGUUGUGUUUAUGGUUUCAAUUGGGCGGGUUCGUCGCGAGUGUUGUUUUCUGUAUCUGGCUGUUUUGUCAAUUCUCGUUGCAAGUGAAUCAUUUUUUGCUUUCU